AUGGUGUCGGCCUUGGCCGCCGGUAGUGUGGCAGCUAUUGUGCUCCUUGCCCUCAGUGUCGCGAUAUGGAGUACGUACUCGCCGUGGAUGAUGGGGCGAGAGAGGGGCCAUGGUGUGAAGGCAGAUGCGCUGGCCACACAAGUCGGCGCCAUCGUGUCGGCAGCCAGUACCACAUACAUCCUCGUGCGGUCGUUGAGCGCCAAAGAGAACCAGUUCCGGUGGCAUCCAAACCCCCUCUUAUUCUGGAAAGCUGCAGUGGAUGGUGUCUACGCGCUGCAGCUGUGCGUCCAGGCAUUGCACAUUCGUCUUGCACCACCAUCGGUCGAAGCGGCAUUGAUCCAGAGCACAUUGUACACAUCCGAGAGCUGGUUCGUCCUCAUCUCGUACGAUCUGUACGCGUGCGGGACGAAUCCCUUUCAAAACACGGCAAAUAGUAUCAAGUGGUACCACGCGAUUGCAUGGAGUGUGGGAGGAGUUGCAGGGCUCGCGUCCUGGACAAACAUUGCCACCACCGCGACGCCUACGACCGACGACGUCAUGGACGCCACUGAAUGGACACUCGGCCACUUUUACAUGUAUGUGACGAUGUGCGUCCUUUGCACCUGUGUGUUUCUCAUCCUGGAGAACCCGUCCCAACCGCCAGUCGGUGGCCAUAAAGAUGCCUUGCGCACGCGCAGUUCCAUGCUGCACGCAUCGCGCACGUUCACGAUCUUCUACGGCGUGUACCAGCUUGUAACGAUUGUGUUGUGGACCACUUUGGCGCUGUCGCAGUGGUCCGUGUCGGGUGGAAGCAUCCAUGUCGCGUUCAACCUACUGGUCGGGGCCCGAGGAUUCAUGGACCUCGUGACGUGGCACGUGAUCAACUCGCGAUCGUUUGUUUUGUAUUCGACAUUCCAACGUUUGCCGACCGGUAGCGUGAGCGGAAACGAAGCGUUCUUGGACGGCGUAUCGCUCAACCCAGAGUUCAACGUGGCGCUGCGGAAAGAGGUGCUGCACUUCACGAAGAGAGGCAUCGUCGCAGCGUCGCUGUCGACAAGCUCCUCGACAAGCAAUCGGCGGAUCCAGCUCAGCUUGCACGAGCUUGGUAUGGACUUGCGGUUCGAUGCGUACUACCCCCACCUUUUCCGCGACAUCCGCCACGGCUAUCACCUGGACGAAGCCAAGUACCGCGAUUCCUUCCUCUCCACGUGCCACGAACGCGUCGGCCAUGGAGGGUCGAGUGGCGCAUUCAUGUUUUGCACGGCCGACUACCUCUUCCUUGUCAAGACGAUCACGAAAGCCGAGCGCCGCGUCCUGCUCAAGAUGCUCCCCGAGUACAUUACGUUUCUCAAACAGCACCCGGGAACCCUCUUGACCCGCUACUAUGGCUGUCACGCCAUCCACAUGUACCGGCAGACGUUUUACUUUGUCGUGAUGAGCAAUGCGAUGGGCCACGUGGACAUGCACCAGUCGUUCGACUUGAAAGGGUCGUGGGUUCACCGGCACGCCAAGACAACGCCACCUGGUGCGCCAGAGGUAUGCACGUAUUGUGGGGUCGCGUACCCGUCUGGAUCAAGGCAAUCGUGUCGUCAAAGCAUUCGCGGGGAGCAUUUGCCCCACCGUGUGCUCAAAGACAACGACUUGCAGGGAAAGCUGCAGCUGGCACCGUCCACCGCCCAAGCCAUUGUGACGCAGCUUGCGCAAGACAGCGACUUUCUACGAGACCAAGGGAUUACUGACUAUAGCUUGCUCUUGAGCGUCCACACGGCGCAAUUUCGGGUGCAUGCAGAUUCAGUGCACGUGACUCCGACUAGUCGACACCACCCGCCGCGGCUCUAUCAGCAAUUCCACAGUUCGACGCAUGCAGCGGGCGUGGUGUUUGACACAUCGGCACUUUGUUCUUCGACAGCUCGAGCCGGCUCGACAUCGACAAUUACUUCCUCGUCCAGUCAAGUGUAUUCGAUCCAUGACAAGCCAAGCAGCCACCGGCACAGCCACGACGACAGCGUCCCCGAUGACGACGACAGCUCGCCGAGCGGGGCGUCAUUUUACCGCAGUUGUCGGUACUCCAUUCACGACGACGAGGACAUGCGAGUGACGAGACCGCUCGCAUCGUCGUACCGCAAAUCCAGCCUCGAUUUCGGCACAUUUAACAACGUGACGAGCCACCACGACGUGGCUGCAUCCCUGUGGACUGGGUCCCGCGACGGAAUAACGCCUGGAAUCAAGGCGUCGGCUGUCGUUGGCCCAGACUUUUAUACCAUGGGCAUUAUCGACUUGCUGCAGACAUGGACAUGGCAAAAGCGCGUCGAACGGUGGUGGAAGGUGUUUGUUCUUCGGCUCGAUGGCCGGGGUAUCUCGGCCGCCCCGCCCGCGCUCUAUGCCACGCGAUUUCAGGCCAAGAUGCGGAACUUGAUGCUAUCGAUCGACGGGGACCACCAACUGGAUGCACGUCGGCAGAUUGGCCACGUGGAGGUAGAUGCUAGAAUCGAAACACUGUAGAGGAAAUACAUGAUGGAUCGUGUUG